CAGCGGCUCCUGGUUGCUGCGUGACAGCAGAGCGCAGCGGGUUUGCAGGCGGUGGGACGGAACCGCGACCCGGCAGGCGUUUCUCCGAACCUGCUGCAGGUAAAGCUCCGCAGCGACCUGCGCGUUGUGAGCAGAACCAGAACCAGAACCAGAACCGAUUGAAGGUUUUCAUGGGAAACAACCAACUGACGGAACCGUUAAUCUGCUGCCGUUUGAACGGAUUGAACUGAAACUGCGGUUUGCUGCAGAAACCCGGUUAAUGUCGGGUCCAAAGGGAGCUGGUUCCGAAGACGCUCCAGAGUCAGAAAGUGGGUCAAAUGGCGGCAGCGACCGGGAGGUUGUUCUGGACCGAGCGGGCCGGACCGGUUCUGGACGGGAAAAGUUUGAGCUGCGGUUCGAUGGAGGAGUUCUGGACCUCCGACCCGGAUCCCUGGAAGCUCAGCGGGAUUCCUGAUGUGGGUCAGAACCACGCAGAGGAAGAUGUUCCGCUCGGUCCGGACUCCGACCCGUGCUGUGUGGAUGUUUCCUCCUGAGCCUGACAUGCCGAUGGACGUGACCAUUCCCCUCUUCCUGUCCAAGGAGGAGUUCGUCUUCACCACCCCGUCCACGGUGCAGACGUCAAUCCGAAGCUCCUGCCUGAGGUUCCCGCACACAACCUGUGUUAACAAAACUGAGCCUGAAGAUGGCGCCAUCACUAACAAAGAUACAAAAAAAAAGAAACGCGUUACGUUUGCUGACCACAAAGGUCUGUCCUUAACCAAGGUGAAGAUCUUCUCCAAGUUCACAGACCCCAUAGAAAUCCCCGUGAACAUCCAGGAGAUGCUGAGCUCCAAGCUCACGCUGGCGUCCACAGAGGAGGACAAACUGGUGCUGGACUUCACACCGUCCUCAGACUACCUGCUGUUCCGGCAGAACCUGGAGCAGAACCUGGUGAGCCUGGAGCACUGCGUGCUGAAGGAGAAGGCCUUUGCAGGAACCGUCAAAGUAAAAAAUGUAUCGUUUGAGAAGUCUGUGAUGCUUCGGGUGACCUUUGACUCGUGGAAAAGCCACACGGACGUCGGCUGUGAAUACGUGACGGACACGUACCCGACCUCGUUCAGCGACACCUUCUCCUUCGAGGUGUCUCUGCCCGCCGAGAUGUGGCCCAGCGAGCAGGUGGAGUUCGCCGUGUGCUACAAGGUGAGCGGGAACGAGUACUGGGACAGCAACCGGGGGAAGAACUACCGCAUCGUCCGGCCCUACAUGAGGAGAGACCAGCAGUCGGACUCAUCGCGGUUCGGGAUGCACUUCGACCGGUACGGCAGCCCCACCUGCUCACACGGGCUCUUCCCCGACUGGCCGAGUUACGCCGGCUACGAGAACAUCGGGCCUUACUACUGAACACCUGAUGUCAGGUUUUAACCUGCAGGUUGCCAGUGAUGACUUGCUUGUUUUAAAUGGUUUCUGUAAGGUUGGGUUGCUCCUGACGUCCGUCUCACUGUCUGCUGGAUCACUCUGCGGACCUGGUCUGGCUCCACAGGGGGUCUUUACCUCAUCAUCAUCAUUUCAGAUCAGAUUUUAAAGCUGCUGUUGUAACGAACUGACCAAACCUCCACUAAUUUGCCUUGAAGUUCUCAGGUUUUACCUUCAGAGGGACAAUCGGAGCAAACCGGAGCUGCUAACAGGAAGUCCAGUAGUUUUUAUUCACCGGUUAAAGGUCACCCCAGGUGUCCUGCUGCCUCUUCUGCUACUGGGAACAUUUUUAAGCUAUUAACUCGUUUAUUCUCAGGAAGUUUGGGGUUCAGGAAGAACUGUCCUCAUUCUGACAGGAUCAAAAUGUCCCGGUUUCCUGGAUCAGAGUAAAUUCACUUCUUUAGCUCAUUUGUGGUGAAUUUGUCUGUUUUUGAACUCGGUGUUGAUCCGUCACAGAUCAGCUGAUGAUUGUUGGUUUUCCUUUCUGUCUAGUUUCUUUCAACAUGGCGGCUGGCCUGUAAAGUUCAGUGAUGUGAAGUUUUUAACGUUCUGCUGUUGGAUUCAGGCGCUUCCUGCGUCAGCUGCAACCUGCUGACAGCCUUGUUUUAUCAGUGACCUUGAAAAGUGAAAAAGUUGCUUUACUUCACAUAAUCUGUGCCGUUAUUGUGACAAUAUGAACUUGGACACUUUAUCCUGAAAGUUGACUGCGAGGAGUUUAAAGCUUCAUGGUUCUCAGAUCAACAGGGUCCUGGUCGCUUUCGCUUCAAAGCGAUGCAGAAAUUUGCUCAUCAGUAGAUGCAGGGAGGAAAGCGCGGCUGGGAUCUUUGGGUUUUAAAGAGGAGGGAAGGAAACGGAGGCCAGAACUUUCCCCACGCAGAAAACGAAGCUUCCUCGGCUUCCAGUGAAUCUGUGAACAUAAACCUGAAAAUAAAUCAGUUCAGUUUCAUUUAGUGGUUUGAUGAGCCAGUGAGUGAGCUUUGGUGUUAGCACCGAGUUUCUGUUUUAACUGUGUGUAUGUGUCUGUGUGUGUGUGUAUGUGUCUGUGUGUGUGUCUGUGUGUGUGUGUAUGUGUCUGGGUGUGUGUGUGUGUGUCUGGGUGUGUGUGUGUGUGUGUAUGUGUCUGGUGUGUGUGUGU